CCCCGCGCCCCGCACCCCCUCCUCUCGCAAUACCAUGCCCGCCCUGCUCUUCAAGGACAUUGGCAAGAAGGCCGCCGACACCCUCAACGACGACUACGACUUCAACCGCAAGCUCAAGGUCAAGACCAAGACGACCAACGGCGUGACCUUCACGACCGAGGGUGCGCUCGCCGCCAACAAGACGAUCCUCGCCAAGCUCGGCGCGAGCUUCAACCACUCGAGCGGCAUCAACUUCACCAAGCUCCAGGUCACGACGCAGGGCCGCCUCAUCGGCGAGGCCGAGAUCGCCAACGCGCUCGUCGACAACCUCAAGCUCGGCUUCAAGCUCGAGGACGGCGCCAACAAGGGCUCGGCGCGCCAGGUCGGCUCGGUCGAGGCCAAGUACGUCCAGGACAACUUUUCGAUCCACUCGACGCUCGACUUUGCCGGCAGCAACGUCUCGAACGCUGGUGUCUUCCACUACGAGAACUUUGUCCUUGGUGCCAACACGGGCUUCUCGCUCGAGAAGAGCGCGAUCUCGGACUAUGGUGGCGCCAUUGGCUACAAGGUCGCCGACUUUGAGGCCACGCUCCUUGCCAAGAAGCUCUGCAAGAACCUCACGGCCUCGUUCUCGCACGCCGUGAACAAGGACGUCAUCUACUCGGCGGUCUUUGACCACGACUCGAAGACGGCCGGCAACACGCUUACGGUCGGCGGCCGCUACAAGGCCAACGCCGAGACGACGUACCUCGCCAAGAUCAACUCGGAGGGCUUUGUCUCGAUCGCCUCGAUCAACAAGCUCCGCCCGUACGUCUCGCUCACGACGUCGGCCCAGAUCGACGCCAAGAACUUUGACGGCGACGCCCACAAGUUUGGCUUCGGCAUCACGCUCGGUUAAAUACACUCCUAUUAGUUUGCUGUCUCUUUUGCUCAACC